AUGGGUUCAAAAAUAGAGUACGUCGAAUCGUCUCAUAUGUAUGCAACGAAUUACAUACGUAAUUCAAAAGCGAUCGGUGUACUCUGGGGUAUCUUCACCAUAUGCUACGCCAUAAUUGGUGUUGUUGCAUUCGUAACACCAGAAUGGCUUGGUGAUUUGGAACACGAAAAUCCUGGAAGAUUUGGACUCUGGACAAGAUGUAGCUAUGGAAAUGGUGAAUUAGGAGAGGAAUGCAUCGGAAGAUUAGACGAUCUUUCGACCAUAGCCAAUGUCCCAUUUAGAGCCAGCACUAUAUUAGUUGGAAUUGCUGUGAUCGUUGCAUUGCUCUCGAUUUGUGCGAUGCUACUUUUCUUUUUUUGUCAGAGCACGACCGUUUUUUAUCUUUGUGGCUGGAUGCAAGUAGUUUCAGCAAUAUGUAUGGCAAUUGGUGUAUGUGUUUAUCCACUUGGUUGGGAUUCACCAGCGAUUCGAGCAGUCUGUGGUGCAUCUGCAUCUAGGUAUAAUCCUGGAGCUUGUGCAGUUAGAUGGGCUAUACCAUUAGCUGCAAUUGCUGCUCUUGAUGCUACUACCUUAGCUGCUCUUGCUUUCAUUCUUGCCUCAAGACAUAUUAGAUUACAACCAGAACCUUUUAACAAUGGAUCUUUAUACAAAGGAGAGGUCAAUCCAGGUUAUGUAAAUGAGGCUCAAAGCGUGGCUGGCUCACGCAAAUCUUUGUCCUUGAGACCAGUCCUUCUGGUAGCACCACCUGAACAAGAUCGUUACAGUGAGCUAUCCAGAGCUAAAUCGCAUUCUCAUCAUAGUCUUUACACACCAGCACCUUCACAUCCGGUUCACACAGUUUCAACGAAUACUUUGAAUCAUUCUCAACAUAAUUUUCAACUUUAAACAAAUUUUUCUUUUUUUUUAAAGAACAAGAGUGUACAUAUAUAAAUAUAUAUAUGUAGUUGUCCAUGACAA